AUGCUCGUAUUCAGCCUCUUCUCGCUGUACUACUUGCUCAUUGGACUAGCGAGCGCCACGGUUCUUCCCGGCACGAACACUACUCUCGAAGCUCGCGCGGGGACAUUUAGCAAUCCCUUGAACCAAAACCGAGGCGCUGACCCAUGCAUGCGCUUCAUCAAUGGGAGGUAUUUCCUGACUUCGACUCAGAAUACCAAUAUUCAGAUGAGGUCGGCCACGACGAUCGAAAGUCUCAAGACCGCAUCACCUUCUGUUAUAUUUAGCGACUCGACUAGUGGGAGGAACUUUGACUUCUGGGCUCCAGAAUUUUGGUUCCUGAAUGGUCGAUGGUACAUCUACUAUGCUGUCGCUGGGAAUGGCGAUGACAACACUCAUCGGCUUCAUGUACUACAAGGCGGAACAGAUGCGAACAAUCCAAUGAGCGGAAGUUAUACCUACGUCAACUCGCUCAUUCCAUCGAACUUUAACGCUUGGGCCGUGGACGGCAGUAUCCUUCAAUUGGACAGCCGCCUCUAUUUCAUAUUCUCGGGGAAGACCACGGCGGCCCAAUGGACACAAUGCACGUACAUUGCCCCCAUGAGCUCGCCGACGGCACUGAGCGGACCGGCGGUACAGAUUAGCUGCCCCAAUCUGUCUUGGGAAAUCGCCGCAACGCCUGUACAAGAAGGCCCAGAGGCCAUCACCGUCGGAGGAGUCACGCACAUCGUAUACUCGGCUUCUCACUGCUCCACGGACGACUACCAACUGGGCAUGUUGACCCUGAGAACUGGGGCUGAUCCGUUAGUCGCCAGCAGCUGGACGAAGGUGAACUUCUGGGAUCCUGCAUCCGUCAGAAUCGCUGAUCGAAGUUCUUCACCUCCAUCAACUUGCCCCUUCGCACAAAUUCUCAGAACCCCAAUCCCGUCUUUACACGCAACAACGCAGCGCAAGUGUACGGACCGGGACAUCAUGGCCAUCUAUGAUCCUGAUUCUCCUUCUCCCACCAUGAUCAGCUUUAUGUUCCAGAAAGACAACCAGUGGAUGUUCGCGUACCAUGCGAAGUCCGCGCCUGGACAAGGUUGUGGUGAUCUGAGAACCACCCGGGUGCAGCCGUUCCAGAUUGUGGGAGGAUCAACUCCAUCCUUCCCCGCGGCUGUGGGCACGGGGGUAGCCGUGGCGGAACCUUGA